AUGCUCUCCUCUGGUAGAAUCGCGGCCCGACAGACGGCGAUCCGUGGUUCAGCUACACGAAAUGUUGCUGCCAUGAGAUGUGCAUCAACAUGGGCCAAUGUGCCUCAAGGUCCUCCAGUACGUCAAUCAUAUUUACCCAAGAUCCGCAGCUCAGCUAACAAUUGAACAGGAUGUGAGUACUCAAAAAGGAUUAAUGUCUCGACGCCACUUUGCUAAUCGUAUUUGCUUUUGUCAAGGCCAUUCUUGGUAUGUUUUGCUUAGAGGCGAAGAUUCCAAAUUGCAUGUGGUUACCCUAACUAACUGUUGUUCCAGGUAUCACCGAAGCUUUCAAAGCCGAUAGCUUCAAGGAGAAGAUCAACUUGGGCAUGUCGAACAUCUGCGAGCCGAAUUGAUGCAUUUCUAACUCCAUUACAGGUGUGGGCGCAUACCGAGACGACCAAGGAAAGCCAUACGUCCUCCCCUCCGUCAGAACCGCCGAAAACACCGUCGUCGCUCAGGAAUUGAACAAGGAGUAUGCGGGAAUCACUGGUGUACCUGAAUUCACCAAGGCCGCUGCUGUUCUUGCAUAUGGAGAGGGUUCAAGUGCUCUCGAUCGUCUAGUCAUCACACAAUCCAUCUCUGGAACCGGUGCUCUGCGAAUUGGUGGUGCUUUCCUCCAGCGAUUCUUCCCUGGCGCAAAGAAGAUUUAUAUUCCAACCCCAUCAUGGGCAAAUCACGCUGCCGUCUUCAAGGAUUCAGGAUUGGAGGUGGAAAAGUACAGAUACUACAACAAGGACACAAUUGGUCUGGAUUUCGAGGGAAUGAUUGCCGAUAUCAAGGCCGCUCCAAAGGGAAGCGCAUUCUUGCUACAUGCAUGCGCGCACAACCCAACUGGCGUUGAUCCAACCGUCGAGCAAUGGAAGGAGAUUAGCAAUGUCGUCAAGGCUGGUGGUCACUAUGCUUUCUUCGAUAUGGCAUAUCAAGGAUUCGCAUCGGGAGACACCAACAAAGAUGCUUUCCCAGUACGACACUUUGUGGAGCAAGGACACAACCCAUGCUUGGCCCAAUCUUUUGCUAAAAACAUGGUAUGUGGAAGUACUUUUUAUUUUUCAGUUUUAUCACUAACAACAAUCAGGGUCUCUAUGGUGAGCGUGUCGGUGCAUUCUCCGUCGUCUGCGCGGAUGCCGAUGAGAAGAAGCGUGUCGACUCUCAAAUCAAGAUUCUCGUCCGUCCCUUGUACUCCAACCCGCCCGUUCACGGUGCCCGUGUCGCAUCAACCAUUUUGAAUGACCCCGCUUUGAACAAGCAAUGGCUGGGCGAGGUCAAGGGUAUGGCUGAUCGAAUUAUCACCAUGCGCGCUCUCUUGAAGAAAGAGCUCGAGAGCUUAGGUUCAAAGCAUGACUGGAGCCACAUCACCAGCCAAAUUGGCAUGUUCGCCUACACUGGUUUGACUCCAGAACAGAUGGAUAAAUUGGCCAAAGAGGUAGGUUCUAAAUCACAUGAUACUUGUUCAUGAAUGUUCCUAACAAACCCCAGCACUCCGUCUACGCAACUAAGGAUGGUAGAAUUUCCGUGGCUGGCAUCACGUCCGGAAACGUCAAGAGACUCGCGGCUGCUAUCCAUGCUGUCAAGCCAUAG